GCGGGAUGGCUCUAUAUGAUCCCUGUGCGAGAAUGUUUUACUCCAUUCGACUGGUGUUACUUGAGUGUCAUCAUUAAAGAAAAAGAUAUAAGUUGUGGAAAAGGGAAAAAGAUGGGGUUCUUUUUGAAGAUAGCGGUAUCAGCAUUUCUUCUGGUGAUAAAUCUUGUCUUCACACAUGCAGAGGUGUGUAGCUCAACAGCAACACGUUACAACUGUAUUCAAAAUGGUGUAAUCACUCAACAGAACUGCAACGACAAUUAUCCGACAUGCCUUUGGUGUCCUGAUAUAGAUCAGAACAGUAGAAAAUGUCAGACCGCAAAUUUGGCUUGCAAGGUACCGGAUAGAAAAGUUGUGACUACUUUCACAUCCCAGACAACGUGUGAGGCAGCAGGACACGUCUACUGUAACGGUGCUGUUACCCAACAAUGCGUUGAAGAUGAGCCUAUUCGUAAAUGGUGUUAUGCGAAGAAUAGCGAGAAAACACUAGUGUCUUGCCCAACGACUCACACGAAUGAGGCAGAUUGCCAGAGUAAUAACUGCUUUUGGUGUGGUCCAGAUGCUAGAGGCACCAAACAAAAUACAUGCUUUGCAAUACCAUCUGAUGUUACAUGUCCCAAUACGGCUUCGGGAACUUGCUGCCCUGCUUACAGUUGUCUAAAGAAUACGAUAACUGAAGCGACAUGUACUGCUAAAGGUUGUAAUUAUUGCCCGGACGAUAAUCUAUGCGUGCUGGGCGAAGGCGGUCCUACAGCCCCGCCUCCCUCAGCAAAUUGUAAUGCAAAUGGUCGCUUCAACUGCAUUCAAAACGGAGAUGUCACAAUAGAAAAUUGUAAAAACUCAUGGCCAAACUGCAACUGGUGCACAGGACAAACAACCAGCAAAUUGUGUCAAACAGAGUUCCUGGACUGCAAAGUAUCAGAUAGAAAAGUUGUUACUGGAUUGACAAAAACUCAGUGCUUGGCAGCAAAUCACAUUUACUGCGACGGAGAUUAUUCACAGCAGUGUAUUCAACCCGAACCCAUCCGGAAGUAUUGUUACUCUAAAGGAUCAGAAAAGACUUUGACAACUUGUCCGUAUACAAACGAAGUUGCUUGCCAUAACGGUGGCUGUUUCUGGUGUGGAGAAGAUUCCAGAGGCGUACGACGAAAUAUGUGCUUCCAAAUUCCAUCUGAGGUCAUGUGUCCUAGUGGAGGAACAUGUUGCCAAGAUUACCAGUGCCUUAGAAAUGGAGCGACUUCAGGAACAUGUGCAAGCAAGGGAUGUCAUUAUUGCAACAACGAAAUGCUUUGCGUUUUUGGUGGCCCUGUCACAACUACGCCUCCGACUACUACAACCCCAACUACCACGACUCCAACCACCACGACUCCAACUACUACGACCCCGACCACCACGACCCCGACCACCACGACUCCGACCACUACGACGCCGACCACUACGACUCCGACCACCACGACUCCGACCACCACGACUCCGACCACCACGACUCCGACCACCACGACGCCGACCACCACGACUCCGACCACCACCAUGGCAACUACAACACAACCAGCAUGCCCAACUGCAAACGUGGAAGAUUGCCUCAGUACUCCAGUUACAAAUGCACAACUGUGCGUGGAUUUAGGCUGUGAGUGGUGUAUGAUGAACAACAUGAUGACGUGUAAACGAGCACAAUAUGCGUCAACUUGUAAUGCACCGACUGGUCUGUCCGUUUGUAAUCCACCACCAUGGUUAACCUCGACUCCUCCCGGUUCUUGUCCUACUUGUAAAUCUCAUGGGUGUGAAUGGUGCGGUGACUCAUCAAGCAACAUAGAAUGCCCCGCCUCCACUGGAUGUAGCACUUGCGAUUGUCAAGAUCCACAGCCCUGUGCCGGUGCGAAUAUGGCAGCCUGUGUUCAUAAUGGAUGCCUGUGGUGUAACACACCGACCGUUAAUGGUGGUUACAAUUGUAUUAAUGUGGAUGCACAUGGCCUUCUACCAGGCAAUGCUAAUCAAUGGACAGCAUGUAGUCGUUCUUGUGGAGGUGGGACAAGAUUUAGGUACACACCCACAUGUACAACGAUCACCACCAAUCCGUAUGCCUGUACUAAAGAGUACGAGACCUGCAAUGCAGUGGCAUGCCCACUUGGAGAUGUUUGCCCACAAGGCGUUGGCGUGCGGUACGACGAUACGAAAACAUGUUGCAUGAGCCAAAGCACAUCCUGUGGAAUGAAUAUAUUGAAUCGACUUCCCGUGGAGGGUUGUCCAACAAAAAGAAAGAAGAGAAGUAUUGAAGAAGAGGAGGAUUACGCUCACCAUCGAGUUAAGCGUAUCAUUGGAGGCGCUGAAAUUGACUGCAUCGACAAAUGGCCAUGGCUGGUUGUCAUUUAUGUGGGAAGUACGAUAAAAUGUACUGGCGUUAUCGUGUCUACAAGUCACGUUCUGACUUACAAAGACUGCCUCGGAGCAACGCUCCCAGCAGAGGGAGAUAUUGCAGUCCAUGCUGAUACAUAUGAUCGCGCUUUAGAUCCUGGACUCGCAUUAAGUGUGGCAGUUGGUGGCAUACUAGUGGAGCCAACUGAUUCACUGUUAGCACUUCUUGAGGUAUGA